GGCAGGUCUAGACCUGAACUUCCGCAUUGAGCAGGAAGAAGUCGACAGCCGCAGUCAAAUGCAAUCAACACACCCAGAUCUGCCUGCAUGUGGAGAUCAUCUCAUCUGGGUUCAGUUUAGUCAGAAAAUAGUCUUUAUAGGGUGAAGCUAAUGUCCACUAGGCUUUUAUUGUGAAACUUUCUUGGGAAAAGAGGAUUAAAACAUCUGAAAAGAUGGAAGACAUUGACGCCAUGUUCAGUGACCUGCUGGGGGAGAUGGACCUCCUCACUCAGAGUCUCGAACAGGGAACGGUACCUUCUGAACAUCUUCCUACAAUCAACAAACAAGUCAACUUCUCCAUCGGCUUCACUGACCUGAACGAGUCUUUACACGAGCUGGAGGACAAUGAUUUGGACGCACUCAUGGCCGACCUGGUUGCUGACCUCAAUGCGACAGAAGAGAAGCUCGCAGCAGAAAUACAAGGUCUGGGGGAGCCAUGCCCACCCCCACCAGACCUGCCACUUCCACCCAAAGGCAAGAGCACCCACCCGGCCCCCUCCGGUUCAUCAUCAUCCCCCAAAAACAGCAGCAGCAGCAGCAGCAGCAGCAGCAGCAGCAGCAGCAGCAGCAGCAGCAGCACUGUUAGCACCCUAGCUUUAUCCACCACCUCCCCUUUGCCACCUCCACCUUCUCAGACAACAGAGCCAACAAAGGAGGAAAUUGAGUCACAGCUAAAAGCAGACAAAAUUAAACUUGCUCUUGAGAAACUUAAAGAAGCCAAAGUGAAAAAGUUGGUAGUGAAGGUGUUAAUGAAUGAUGGCAGCUCAAAGACUCUGAUGGUGGAUGAGAGACAGACGGUUCGGGAGGUUCUGGACAACAUGUUUGAAAAGACUCACUGCAACUGCAGCGUGGACUGGAGUCUGUGUGAAACAAAUCAUGAGCUUCAGCUUGAGCGGACGUUUGAAGACCACGAGAACAUGGUGGAGCCACUGUUAGCGUGGACAAGGGACAGUGAAAACAAAGUCCUCUUUCAGGAAAGAAAAGAAAAGUUUGAGGUUUUCAAAAACCCACAGAAUUUUUAUCUCUGGAAAAAAGAUAARACAACUCUCAAAGACAUGAAAGACAAAGACAAGGAACUACUGAUAAAGGAAAACUUCUGUGGGACUUCCAUCAUUGUGCCUGAUCUGGAGGGAGUGCUGCACCUCAAAGAAGAUGGCAAGAAGUCAUGGAAACAGCGGCUCUUCCAGCUCAGAGCUUCAGGAAUUUAUUAUGUUCCCAAAGGGAAGACCAAGUCAUCCCGUGACCUUGUCUGCUUUGUCCAGUUUGACAACGUGAACGUUUACCUUGGGAAAGAUGUAAAGAACAGAUACAAAGCUCCAACUGACUUCUGCUUCGUUCUUAAACAUCCUCAGAUUCAGAAAGAGUCUCAGUACAUUAAAUAUCUUUGCUGUGACGAUGCCUGGGCUUUGAAUCUUUGGAUGACAGGGAUAAGAAUCGCAAAGUACGGCGCAUCACUGCAUGAAAACUAUAAAACAGCAGAGAAGAAGGCAAUUGUCAACUCCUCGUGGACGAACCGCAGCACUCCUUCCAGCUCCACUUCGUCAACACCCUCACCCACCAUCAAAGCCAAAGCACAGAGUCAGGCCAACRGCCAUGCUCCAAAACCACAACCUCUUGCUCAGGACUUUGGAAAUCUCCCACCGCCACCCUUAGAUGAGCUCCUCCCUCCACCUCCACCUGACCCGGUUCUCCCUCCUCAGCCACCGUCACUGGCCUCCAAACCCRCCGCCCCACAGCGACCCAAUCCCAGCAGCUUCCCUCCACCCCCACUCGGACUGGACAACCUCCCUCCUCCUCCUYCGCCACCACCCCUGGACGACUCCUCAGAACCUCCACCAGACUUCCUCCCACCGCCUCCUCCGAUGGCCGGCUUUGGCUCGCUGCCUCCGCCGCCUCCCCCUGCUAAAUCUCUACCACCCCCACCAGCCGGUUUCAGAGGCUUUAACCAAUCCCUGCCUCCUCCACCACCGGAUCCUCAAUUCCUACCACCUCCUCCCCCUGAUCCGGUGUUCACAGGAGCUGGGGCUCCCCCACCACCUCCACCGCCUCCUCCUCCUCCUGCUCCUGCUUCUGCCACCCMACGGGCAGUCGGGCGGCCUGCCGGGUCUAUAAAGAAGAUGCCUCCUGCUCCCCCAAAGAGGACUACACCAGCGUUGCAGGGAGGAGGAGGAGGAGGAGGUGGAGGCGACUUCAUGUCAGAACUGAUGCUCGCCAUGAAGAAACGUGGAGAUAAUUAGCUUCAGCAGAAAAACCGUASAGUACAAAUAAAAACAAAACGAACUGCGUCAGAUCGACCGGUUGGAAGACUUUAUCCGGAACAUUUUAAAUGUACACCUUUUGAAGCAAACCCAACACACUGGUUUAAAAACAUAAAUGUAUUGUUCGUUGGAGAACCAGGUUUGAUUUAUGAGAACAAGAAUAUACAGAACUUUUAAUUUACAGCUAUUUUCAAAAAAAUGAUUUGUACAUAUAUUUGCAUUUAAAAGCUGUAAAUACUGUAAAAAAAACUUUUUUGUUUUUUUAGGAUGUUAUGCAUUUAAAUAACUGCUACAGAAAAUAAAAUUUCAUAGAGUUGGAAUAUUUCUGGCAGCCAAAAGAAACUUACUAGCUGAUUAUUUGGUUCUAAAUGUAUUUGUUGUUUUUGUGUAAUUUAAGUUUUCUACUGGAAAACAUGCUCAGCCCUGAAUAAAUCUUCUUCUCAAGUUAAAUUUAACAAUAAAAUGGAACACCCCUAAAAACAAAUCAA